CGCUGUUUUAGCGUGCGAAACAGACAAAGUGAGAUCGAUAGACUAAUCCGCCAUUUAAGUAAAAACUCAGUAGCUGGUUGACUCGUGGAUGGCUGCCUUUGCAGAAAAAAAGUGAUUUUUGGUAAAUUGUGAAAUAGCACAGAGAAAUUAACUGCUGUUAUGGACUGUAAAUCUAAUGGGAUUGCGACGCGGAAAGAAGAGGUCGUUCAAGAGAAUAGACCCUUCGCAUCUGGUUCGCGCCAGGCCCCUGAUCCGUACGAUCAGUUCCUUGAAAGAGAAGGGUACUACCGGAAGCAUGUCGCCAGAGAUGGGACCUGUUUGUUCCGAUCAUUCUCGGAACAAGUAUUCGAUGUUCAGCUGUACCACGGAAAAGUCCGCAAAGAUUGCAUUCGCUGGAUGCGAAUAAACUCUGACGAGUAUAAAAAGAGAAUGACUGGAGACUUCGAUGACUACUUGACUGAGAUGAGCAAGUCACGUACCUACGGAUCCUUUGUUGAGCUCCAUGCACUUGCGCAUGCUUAUCGCCGAAACGUUCUUCUUUUUGAGCCAUACAAUCUUGGCUCGUGGUUUGUGAACGAGGAGGCUUAUCAGGAGACUGUGAUGGUCUUUUUCUCACCGGACAAGCAUUUCGACUCAAUUUUUCCAACCUCAUUCAUCCAACAGGCAGCGUAUUGUCAAGCUCUGGUGUACGAGAUCCUGUACGUGGAAGUCUUCAAACUACCAGAUGUGAUGUACUCUGUUGAGCGAAUGUUGCAUGACCCGGAUGGACAGGCGCUAAGCGCUGGUAAAGCAUGGGAUAAAACGGAUCAUACACUUGUGGAUCGUGUUGUUUCGCCGGAGGGACGACAGUUUGUGUUCGAUAUUGCAGACAAUACCGAGUGUGUCCUGGACAACUACCUUUUGUGUCAUUUCCACAACAAGGAUAAUUUUGACACCAUCGUUGACACGUACCGCAAUAAGAGAAGUGAAAAUGAUUUGAAAGAAACACACAACGUUAAAACUAACGGCACUAAGGGAUCUUUGACACGAGACUUGAUCAACCCAAUGCUUUGCGACAAGAAAAUAUCAUGCGUUCGCCAGUUACUCAAGGAGGGCAUCACUCCCUUUCCCUACAAAGUCGCAAAAGCUCUUGAUCCUAACAUUUACCGGAACAUCGAGUUUGAUUCAUGGAGUGAUGUGCGACGUGAACUAAAAUACCGGAAUUGGUAUUUUGAUCAAAACUGCCUGCAGGUUGGUGCCAAAUGCUUGGUACGAUUGACUGAUUCGGAUGAAUGUAUACGAUACGGAUACAUUCAAGAAAUGCGUCCCGACAGAGGACCGUGUACUGUGUAUGUUGAAGAUUUCGCCGAGUGUCGAACAGUACCCUAUGACAGACUUCAGCCGCUGCCGCUCGAUCAAACGCGUUCUUUUGCUAUUCCGUACAAAUUUCGAAGAUCUACCGCCGUUCAGCACCUUAAGAUAACGUGUCACAACCAUUCAAGGAAGAAAAUGCUGAAAGCGAUGGACGCCGGAGCCUGCAACGUGAAGUCACCCGACAACGAAAUGUACCAGUUCUACACACCGUAUUACGAUUCAUUCAAACCAUAUUGUUACACGUUCAAAAACUUCACCAGCAUGAAUCACUUUCAACCAGGAAACAUGGAGAUGAUGGUGAUGCCGUUCACCACUGGUGGGUUAGGAGGAAAGUCAAAGUUAAAUCAGGGCAAAGGUGAGCCUGGUGAUGGAAAUGACAGGUCCGCAGGCAACAACGAUCACCAAACGGAUGUGGAAACUACUUAUUCAUCGUCAGGCGUUUACGACAUGUCUGCAUCUUCAAGCAUGUCGUACAAUCAACCAUACUGUUACACGUAUGCAGAGCCGUUUCCGUACGAUCCAACUGCUCCAUCAGCUUAUUGUGCUCUUCCCUACUCUGCACAGCAGUUCGCAUUUGCUCCACACGGAACGUUCCCAGGAUCGUUUUAUGGAGCACCUUACCCCAUGACAACACCAAUCGGCGAUAUCGGGAAUCGAACAGGUGGUGAUGAAAUUCCCAAUUUCCAAGCCGUCGCUAGCGCCGCUCCUAACGGAAGUGAUUUGCCCCUUCACGACCUCGUUACCUUGCGUUACUUCUACAAUCUGGGCGUUGAGUAUUUUCGGAACAAUCAGUUCCGCCUGGAGCCUCCAGCCGUUGUACCGCCAACUCGUAAUACCGCUGACGUCAGUAGCGCCAUGGACGAUGGGAACGAAAUCAGGGACCUUGCCAAUGAGUUUAAACAUGGCAUGAACUUCUCUGCGCCAAAUGCAAGUGAUGCUCAAAACAAGCAGAGAGGUUCUUACAAGACUGACAUCCAUCAGAGCACUAAGCGCAAAUACGGAACGAAAACCCCGAAGAAACUAACGCCUAACCGAAACAGGGUUGCCACUCCAGAUGCGAGUGGCCCUGCGGUUGCUUCAGUUCCUUGCCUAGAUGUUGGACAAUCGGCUCCUGCUGAUCAUCUUGCCACUGAUGUUUCGCAAGCCACCUACAAUAAUAAUCCGACAUACCCUUACGCCCACGUACCGGUGAUGCCACCGGUUCGAGUACCGUAUUACGCUGUCGAUUCCUCUCAUUAUAUGAUUCCACCCUACGGACACAGCUUCAUGGCGCCGUCCGAUGUCAUGCUUAUCCAUGAAAAUGCACAACCUCCUGCAUUGAACCCUCUGGAAGCGCAAUACCCACCGAUGGUAUUUGCAUCGCCGCCUGUGGGAACGGGUUUUGCGAUUAUGGGAUAUCCUCAACCACCGACACACUUGAGCCUAUUCGCCAACGGGAACAACCAUGCUGAUAAUGACUGCAGCGAUGCCGCACAAUGAUGCUAAUCAGCGAUCAAUAAAAACCCACGUUGUUUGAAACAUUUGCAGAAUAUUGCAAAUAUUUUAUCGAUUCUUUAUCUCUUUUAUAUGAAAAUCAGUGCCGGAAACUGUUUUGUAGUACUUACUUACUUACUUAAGACUCACUAACUCAUUAAAAUGAAAUAUGUUUUACAUAAAAAAAAAACCUCAAAUGCAUUUAUUUUCAAUAUUCGUAGAGAAAUCACGCGCUCUUUCUUCCCCAGCUUUCGGUAGCGCUCGCGUCGUGGAACUUGAGGCGGUCGUGGGUCAGAUUUCUCUCGCGAACGAGAAGAACAGCAUGAAUUUGGUUCCAAUGACUUUAG